UCCGCUUCCGUGAUUGGGCGUGAUGGAGUCGGUUCUGAGCGAAGUGGUGGCGGUGGAAGAUUUGAAAAGGUUUGAGAAGAAGUACAACGCCGAGCUGAGCUCCGGCAACGUCUCCAAAGGGACCAAGUUCGAGUACGCCUGGUGCCUUGUCCGCAGCAAGUACAACGAGGACAUCAAGAAGGGCAUUGUGCUCCUGGAAGAUCUGUUGUCAAAAGGGAACAAGGAAGAGCAGCGGGACUAUGUCUUCUACCUCGGAGUAGCCAACUACCGGCUGAAGGAGUAUGAGAAAGCACUGAAGUACAUCCGGGGGCUGCUGAAGACGGAGCCGACCAACACGCAGGCCUUGGAGCUGGAGAAACUCAUCAACAAGGCGAUGCAGAAAGAUGGCCUGGUUGGCAUGGCGAUCGUCGGCGGCAUGGCGCUGGGUGUGGCCGGGCUGGCCGGCUUGAUUGGCUUGGCUGUCGCCAAAUCAAAAUCGUAACUGGCUCAGAGGCCUCGCGUUCCCCCUUACCCCCUCUCGGCUGGGAGCGGCUGGACGUGGCGACCGGCCGUUGAAUCCUGCAGAGAAGUCGAGAGACAUUAAAAACGCUCACUUGGCGGCCACUAACCUGACCAUGAUUCCUGGCUUCCCUUUGUCCCAGUGGGCUUGAAGCACUUGAGGGGGGCCGAGUGGUGAUUCAGCUUUAGUAGCACAAUAGAAGACCGGUUGGGGGGUGGAGAGGCCUUCAGCUCUGAUAACCCGACUCUCCUGCACUAUAACCCAUGUCUUGAUCCCUUGCCGUAGUCUCUCUCUCCCCCCCAGGUUGGGUAUGUUAGUUUCCUCUUUGCUUUCCUCCUCCACAACUUGCUGAAAGGCUCAGAAGUUUCCUUUCUUCCAAGCGAAAGCUGCCGAAUAGCUGGGAGGUAAAAGAAUCCCUUUGACUGUCCAGAAAGAGCUGUGGACAGCUAGUGCCCCAUCUGAGAAGCUGGAGUGCGCCCUGGCCUGUGGCAUUGGGCUUGGCUCUUCUUUGCAGCGACCAGCUGCCUGGGAGAAGACAACCUUCCAGAGAAAGUGGGAAAACGUCUUCUUCACCAACCGCCUUCUUCUGUCGAAUGGGCGGUCAUGCCUUGCGUGUCUCCCUCCCCCUCUUCACCGUGCACUUACGAACUUCUGUUGUCACAUGGGUCCCUUAGAGCCUUCCUCCAUGGGGGUAGGUGUGUGGCCUCUUGUUUGUUUCAAUUCAUCUGCCCUUUUCAUUUAGUGGAGACGGUGGGAAUAUGGAGGCUGCCACACAAGAAUCAGUCAUACCUGCCUUAUAGUAGAUUGCGGGGAGCCUGAUUGGAAAAGUAGGAUACCCACUACACAGAGGAGGAAGGCCCCCCGCUGCAUUUUCAGUGUGUGCAUCUGUUUUCGGAGAAGGGAAGGGUUGGAGGGUCACAUCAGGAAAGCGAUCAGGAGAGCUCUUUUAGCAACGAAGUUGAAGUGGCGCCAGGUCUUUAGAGAGAAUUCCCACUUUGCUCCCACGACUUCCCCUCCUCUUUUAGCGAUUAAUGUCCUUGCCCUUCUAACAGGUGCUCUUAUCUUCUCUCGCCUCUGAGUGGAGUGAGGCAGAAAUGUGAAUUAAAACAGUACCAAUAAGACGCGACCGGCUUUGUCUUGCUUUCCACCCCUCGGAAGAUCGGGCCUUGCAGGCACACCUCCC